AUCUUUCUUAAUGCAAGUUGAGCGGGUUUUUUCAUUUAAAGACGAAUUCAAUAGCGAUAAAAUAGAAGUGCGGAUACCUGAGAUUGUGGACCCUCAGUAUGGAAUGUUUACGUGGCCAGCAGCUCCAGUUCUUGCACAAUAUAUUUGGUAUAAUAGAGAUCAAGUAGAAGGAAAACACGUUGUGGAGAUUGGUGCAGGAACAGCCUUACCUGGUUUGGUUGCCUCAUUGUGUGGUGCAAAUGUUACUCUGACAGACAAGGAAGAGUAUCCUCAAUGCUUAGAAAACUGUAGACAGAGCUGCCAUGCUAAUGGUCAGACGGCAAUACAAGUUGUUGGCAUUACCUGGGGACAGUUUACACCAAACCUUUUAAAACUUCCCAAGGCUGCUAUAAUUCUUGGUUCAGACUGUUUCUAUGACACAAAAGAUUUUGAUGACAUUUUGGCAACUGUCUCCUUUCUAAUGGUGAAAAAUUAUCAGGCCAAGUUUUGGUCAACAUAUCAAGAGAGAAGUUCCAGUCAUUCCAUUGAAGAUUUGUUGAAAAAAUGGGGACUAAAAGGUAUCCAAAUACCACUGGAGGGAUUUAAUGCAAAUGAUGGGAACAUUGGUGGAUCCAAUCUGUCUGAUUUACACACCAUUCAGAUGUUGGAGAUAACACGUCAAUAAACCUUGGACUACUCUGUCUUUGAACCUGUAGUUGUCUCUCAUAUCAACCUCCAGAGGGCAAAAAAUAUUGGAGCCACAGGAUUUUACAAUUGCAAAUAGGUGCUGCCAUUCCCGUUAGCUAUCAAUAACAAUUUUUUUGGUUUACAGACAUGAACCAUACUAUCAUAUCUACUGUUUGCUUUGAAUGCAUCUUUGAAAUGGCACAGAUCAGGAACUAGUACUCAAUCUUUCUGAACACUUGUUCAAAGGUGUUGAACAAUAAAUAAAACUUUCAAUCUGUCAGGCUUUUUCUCAACAGUAUUUUGGUGGGAAAAGGACCCAUUGGUGAAAAAGAGUGACCUCUUGGUUACCAAAAGUAGGGAUUCAAGUUGGACAAGUUCUUUCUGAAUCAACCUUGGAAAUAGGUUUCUUAUAAACUCUUAUGUGCACUGCUGAGUUGGUUCGUACUUUAGAAUAUCCUUCCUGGUCCUGGAAAUCAACAACAAAAUGUUAAAAAAAAUGACUACUAUCAAUGUGUAUUUGAAAAAGACAUGUUUCAACAUUACUGUACUGCAAUCUGUAACAUUUGUGGGUGAAGUUUACCAGAUUUGAAUUUAUGACAAUGGCACUCAGCAAAAACUCCGUAAGUCUUUGAAGAGAAAGAAAAAGUAACAGAGGAAAACAAUUUCCAGUGGUGACAAAAGUGGCAUGAUGGAGGAAUUUUCACGAUGACUUAUGACCUCAUUGGGAUUUUGAUGUUGCCAUGUUAUACAAAUGAGAAAAAUCAGAUAGGAUACUUUUUACUUGAUCACAAUCGAUUUUGAGUACUCAGGAAUGAUAAAUCUUAUUUUUCAUA